ACACUUCCGCCAAUGACAAAAUAGCUGCGUAAAAAUUUGUUUUCGUCAUCAACUGGUUUUGUGGCUCUUCAAUUUUGCUGCCACGCGGUGCUACUGCUGCCCGGCAGAAUUACUAAACGCAUGCGUCCACACAUUCGCAUAAUCAGGUUGUUUAAGUAUAAAAAGCAGUGCGCGCACUUGAAUCGCAACUCAGUACUCAACUAGCUAAGCAGAGCAACUCAUUUCUAGAACUCGACAAGAAGUAAGGAAGCAAACUCAACUAACCAAAAAUGGCUGGACAUCUCCUCAAAGUCGCACUCAUCUGCACUCUUGUUGCUGCCCUACAUGCCGCACCUGCACCACAACCAGCCGCUGCUGGCGCUCAGGCGCGUACUUUUGGCGGCCUAGGCUUGGGCGCUGGGUUUGGUCUGGGCAUUGGUGGUUAUGGUGGUUUAGGAGGUUAUGGUGGCUACCCUGGCUACUACCGUGGCUAUCCAGGCGGUUAUGGCGGCUAUUAUGGCAGACCCGGUUUCGGUGGUGGCUAUUACCCAGGCUAUGGUGGCGGAUAUGGCGGCUAUGGCAAUUAUGGUGGCUCCUUCAGUCAGUCCCAAAGUCAGUCGAACAGCCAUAGUGGCUACUACAAUGGUGGUUUUGGUAAUGGUUUCUUUGGUUAAAUAGUUAAAAGCUCUGAUAAGUUUAGUUGUAAAUAGUUUUAGAUAUUUUAUAAGAACAACUGAGAAUUUUUUGUAUAUACUUAUUUUAAAGAUAAACAAAUUUUUCGUUAAAAUUCUUUGGUUUCUAAGUCUCAAGCCUUUA